AUGGAGCCACUGUUCAGCCCGGCGCUUCACAGCCAGAGACAUCAGUUUGUUAUCGAUUUUGUAAUGAAAAGUAAACCCAGAAAGGUGGCAGACUUGGGCUGCGGUGAGUGCAGCCUCCUGAGGAAGCUCAGGUUUCACCGGGAAAUUCAAGUUCUGGUUGGAGUUGACAUAAACGGGGCCAAAAUACAGAAAAAGAAGCAUAAAUUGGCUCCUAUAUCAACUGAGUACCUGCAGCCAAGCUUUGAUCAGCUUCGUAUAGAGAUGUACCAAGGUUCUGUCACACGGAGAGAUGCUCGCCUGAAAGGAUUUGACCUGGUGACCUGUAUAGAGCUCAUAGAGCACCUCACUCUUGCCAACGUGGAGCACUUCUCUGCAGUAGUUUUUGGUUACAUGACCCCUGUCACAGUUAUUGUCAGCACCCCAAACUCUGAGUUCAACCCGCUUCUCCCUGGACUGUCAGGUUUUAGGCACAGUGACCACAAGUUUGAGUGGACCAGAGCAGAAUUCAGAUCCUGGGCUCUGAAGGUGUGUUUGGAGUAUGGGUAUGAGGUAGAGUUUACUGGUGUUGGAGAAAAUAUGCAGAGCCAGCAAGACAGAGUUGGUUUCUGCUCCCAGAUUGGCGUAUUUCAUCGGAUUGGCGGGAGAGAUCACUACAACACAUUACCUGGCGAUGAUGCAGAGGACAUUUUCUCAUACACACUGCUAUAUACUAUAAACUACCCCAGCCUGCACGACAACAACACCUUACGUAAAGUCCUCGUGGGUGAAGUGAUUUACUGGGCAGAGCAGAUAAAGAAUAGGUGGAUGGAGGAGAAGACUGGAGAGAGAAGCUGUGCUUUUAGUCUUUGUGAAGCCGUACGAGGACUGCAGGAAUUACACAUGGAACCACACGAGGAGCUGAAAGCUACAGCGUGUGCAGAUGAGAUGGAGGGUCCGGUGAAUCAGUGUAAAGGAGGUGUGUAUGACGAGAAGGAAGACAAGUGGGAUGAGAUGCCAUGGCCAAAAAGCCCAGAACAGCAGGAUUCUUGUGCAGUGAACAGAUGUGUUUUUGUCCCAUUAUCUGCGCUGUGGUCCUGCUGCCCCAAAGUCAGUGAACUGAGUGGAAGUGUUAAUAAUCUACAACAUCUCCUGAUGGAUGAGCCUGACGUUAAGCUAAGUCAGGAUGGCUGUGCUGUACUUGUAAAGGUCCAGGAACAAGAUAGAGAAGCAGAGGUUUACGGGGAUUUGGACGACAGUGGAUACACAGAAGCCAGCCAGUGUUCCCACAGUGUUGAGCAAGAGGAAAACUGGGAGACAAAUUAUUGA